GUUAUAGAUGGUUUAUGGAUUGAUUCGAAAUCUAUAUAUUUACUAAUGUGUGAUACAGCAAUAUGACAGGGAGAUGUACUGAGUUCUGAUUUUACGUAAGUCCACAACUAUGUAUGCAUGUUGUUUCCUGAAUAGAAAAUAUGGGUGGUGCAAGGUAUACAUAUCAGGUGAUGUAUAGUGACUUAAACAUUUUAGGCGCUGUUUGAAGCUUGUUAGAUGCAUCUCUUGCUAUUGGUCUCCAAGAAUGGGCCCAAAUCCUUGGAGGCUUCUCUGUUGUUACUGAAGGGGCUUGAGAGAUGGCAGAAAUGUAUACCGUUAAUCACCAUGAGACACUUUCCCUCCAGUAAUACGGACUAACUCCCAUCUGGCUCCCUCCUUACUAUAAGGCUAUUCUCUGUUUGUUAUAAACAAAGCACAGCAAAGAUCAGGACAUAGUGAGAGAGGCUGCUAUCUGAAGCUGACAUCUCUCCUGAAGAACAGAGGUGCAGGGUAAUGUCAGCUAAAUGGCCCUAUGUGUUGUUGUGAAUAUCAACUUGUGCUUAGCAGAGGGGAGUGUUGCCAUGGUGAUUGUUUCAAGAGAGAGAACGGAAACAUAAAGACCAUAUUCAGACUCGUUUGUCACUGAUGAUAUGGAAAGGAAUUGAACUUCGCAGCACAAUGCCAGAAAUCAGAAUAGAAAUCAAAUGACAAUGAUAACAAUGGAAAUCUGCAGAGUCCCUAUUGACAGAUCCUCUGGGACCGGGGUGCCUUAGUCUGGCUGAGGACGAGGUAAAGACGGAGUCUGAUGUGGUAGAGGGGAUGGAUGCGUCUGUACGAUCCAAAGUCCCUGAUCCAUCCGGGUCAGCGGAACGACCAGCGGCGCCACAGAAGAGAAAGGUGUCGAGCCCCACCCAUUCCUCCAAUGGACACUCUCCCUCGGACACCUCCCCGAGCCCUAUCAAGAAAAAGAAGAAGCCGGGGGCCAUCAACUCAAACAGCAAAGACCAGUCAGAGCUAAGACAUGGUCCCUUUUACUAUAUGAAGCAGCCAGCACUCACCACAGACCCUGUUGAUGUUGUACCGCAGGACGGAAGGAAUGACUUCUACUGCUGGCUGUGCCACCGCGAGGGCCAGGUGCUCUGCUGUGAGCUCUGCCCCAGGGUGUACCACGCUAAGUGCCUCAAACUACCAGCCGAGCCCGAGGGCGACUGGUUCUGUCCAGAGUGUGAGAAAAUAACAGUUGCUGAAUGCAUUGAAACACAGAGCAAAGCAAUGACAAUGCUGACAAUAGACCAACUCUCUUACUUGCUCAAAUUCGCACUCCAAAAGAUUAAACAGCCUGGGACUGAGCCUUUUCAGAAGCCUGUGUCUCUGGAGCAGCACCCAGAUUAUGCAGAGUACAUUUUCCACCCCAUGGACCUAUGUACUUUAGAAAAGAAUAUCAAAAAGAAAAUGUAUGGCUGCACUGAAGCAUUUCUCGCUGAUAUGAAAUGGAUCUUACACAACUGUAUUAUCUACAAUGGAGGUAAUCACAAAUUAACAGCAACUGCGAAAGUCAUCGUCAAGAUUUGUGAACAUGAGAUGAAUGAGAUUGAGGUGUGUCCAGAGUGCUACCUGUCGUCAUGCCAAAAAAGGGACAACUGGUUUUGUGAGCCAUGUAGUCAACCCCACCCGCUGGUCUGGGCUAAGCUGAAGGGCUUUCCCUUCUGGCCAGCAAAAGCACUUCGGGAAAAGGACGGGCAGGUAGACGCACGCUUCUUUGGGCAACAUGACAGGGCCUGGGUCCCCAUCAACAACUGCUACCUCAUGUCCAAAGAGAUCCCUUUCUCUGUGAAGAAAACAAAGAGCAUUUUCAACAGUGCCAUGCAAGAGAUGGAAGUCUAUGUGGAAAACAUUCGCAAGAAAUUUGGUGUCUUCAACUAUGCACCCUUCCGCACUCCCUACACUCCCAAUAACCAGCUACAGAUGCUACUGGACCCCGCCAACCCCGGUGCUGGGACAGUGAAAACAGAGAAACCGGAUAAACUUCGCUUCAACUUUGAUAUCACCGCCUCUCCUAAGAUGGUCCUCGGCAAGAGUUCCACACCCAGUGCCAUGAGUCGGAGAGUCUCCAUGACGGACAUGCCUCGUUCUCCCAUGAGCACGAACUCCUCGGUUCACACGGGCUCAGAUGGGGAGCAAGAUAUGGAAAAGGCCAGCAGGAAUCCUGCCUUCCACUACAGCACUGGAGAGGAAUCGAUGGACUGUUCUGCGUCUCCUGUCUCGGGUAAGAUGGGUGCUGCAGGCAGUGUGGCCGGCAGCCCGAAGCCCUUUAACCCUGGGCUGGUGCCCAAGCAGGAGAGGACUGCAGGCACAGGGGGCAUCCUCAAUCUCAAUCUGGAUCGAGUGAAGGCUGAGAUGGAUCUGAAAGAGCUGAGUGAGACGGUGCAACAACAACAGCAGCAGCAAAAUCAGCAACAGGGAGGGUCAGCUGCCCUCACUACCCCAAAGAGACCCAUCAGGAGCCUGGACAAGACUAUUGAGAGCUGCAAGGCACAGCUCGGGAUCGAUGAGAUUUCCGAGGAUGUGUAUAAAGGUGUGGACCACAGUGACUCCGAAGACUCUGAGAAAUCUGACUCGAGUGACAGCGAAUAUCUCAGUGAUGAGGAACACAAGCCAAAGAGCUCCGCUCAGGAUGACAAGGACAAAGCAGAGAGAAAAAGGCCCAAAACAAGCACAGAGGGAGAGAUUAAGGAGGGACUGGCUAAAACCAGCCCUGAAGCCCUGCUCAAAGACAAGCAGGGCAGCAAUGGCCCAGACAGGGACCUGCAGGAUAAGCCCAGAACGCCCCAGUCUCAGCCCCACAGUGACAAGGCCAAAGCUCCAGAGGAGGGCAGAGCAGCUGCUGCUACGUCAGUGGGCGAGCAAGACUCUGAUUCUGAAAGGGAGCUGGUGAUUGACCUGGGGGAUGACCAUGCAGGACGUGACUCAAAGAGGGCAAGAAGAGAACCAGGAGCUUCUGCUGCCAAAACUCCCAAAGAGUCUAAUGUUGCCAAGUUGGAAGGUAAAGUGCCUUCAUCUGCUGCAGCAGCUGCACCGUCACGGGAAGCCGCCUCUAACCUGAAAGACUCUUUGCAACCCACCAUCACAGCAGCCCUCAACCUCGUUUCCACUGCAGCAUCUGGUCAGGCCAGUGCCACCACAGCCAGCAGCGGAUCCACCAGUGCUUCCUCUUCUGCCUCCACCUCGGUCUCCUCCGCAUCGCCAGUACCUGCAGCUGUAAAGAAACAGCGCCCCCUACUGCCUAAAGAGACGGCUCAGGCAGUGCAGCGGGCAGUUGUUUGGAAUCCGACCAAAUUCCAGACGUCGUCUCAGAAGUGGCACAUGCAGAAGGUGCAGAGGCAGCAGCAGCACGGUGAGCAGUCAGCAGUGCAGACACAGGCCCAGAGUCAGGGGCAGACACGCAGCCCACAGCAGCUGCAGUCACAAAAGCAGGACUCAUCAAGUACCCGCUAUCAGACCAGACAAGCAGCCAAGGUGCAACAUAAAGACCCACCUCAGAGUACCUCUUCAUCAACAGCUUCCGUGACCUCUGGAAGCUCCUCUUCUUUCAUGUCUGGAGACGUGCAGAUCCCCACAGUCUCAGCAGAUGUGGCUGCAGAUAUAGCAAAGUACACAAACAAAAUCAUGGAUACAAUAAAAGGGACAAUGACCGAAAUCUACAAUGACCUUUCCAAAAGCACAUCAGGAAACACAAUUGCAGAGAUUCGACGGUUAAGAAUAGAGAUUGAAAAGCUCCAGUGGCUGCAUCAACAAGAGUUGUCAGAGAUGAAGCACAAUCUUGAACUGACAAUGGCAGAGAUGAGGCAGAGUCUGGAACAGGAGAGAGAGCGCUUGGUGGCUGAAGUGAAAAAGCAGACAGAGUCUGAAAAGCAGCAGGCAGUGGACGAGACCAAAAAGAAACAGUGGUGCGCCAACUGCAGGAAAGAAGCCAUCUUCUACUGCUGCUGGAAUACAAGUUACUGUGACUAUCCCUGCCAGCAAGCUCACUGGCCAGAACACAUGAAGUCCUGCACACAGUCAGCCACGGCGUCGCAGCAGGAGCCAGAAGCCGAGGCCAACUCAGACCCUCCAGUGAAAUCAUCAGGCCACUCUCCUGCCAAUCAGACCCUUCCCUCAGCAGCAGGAUCCAUAUCAGACAAAAACAACUCUCCCACGUAUAUGGACAAGAGCAAGGACAGUGCUGGCGUCACUGUGACCUAACUGCUACACUACAGAUACUCUCACUGUUUUUGCAAGGCUGCAGGGUUUGUCUCGUCAACCUAAAAGCUUGAAGGCCUGCACAUUUUCGACACAUCACUUUGAUUUUUCCAUUCCCAUACGUGCAUCUGCUUGGUGGACAUUUUCUCUCGCUCGUCUCUCAUCUCUCACAAUUUCCACAAGUCUGUGUUUUGGUGGGUUUCACAUGUGAAAGUAGUCUGUCUUGAGAAAUAAAAUGUGAGUCUGUGAGUCUUUUCAUAUUGUAGUUUGUUAUAGCUCUGUUACCACUUUGUUUCAAGUCUGAACAAGAUUGUAUCAACACAGAUUAUUUGCUACAUUAACACUUUGAAUGCUGCUCAUAAGUACUUCAUUGCUGUUUUAUUCUGUUGACUGCUAUCCAUAUGAGACAAAAACGGUAAACAGCCAUCAACAGUUUAUACUUAUUUGUCAUGUUGCCAUCAGAGGUAUUUUGAGUUAUGCAAGUUUCAUCUUUAAGUUUUAUACAAUGCUCGCUUCAUGUCAACUGAGGUAUUUUGAAUAAUACGAGUUUAAACAUGUUUUCAACUACGUCCCUCAUGUGGCAUUUUUGGCUCAUACCAGUUUUGUAUUGUCGUUCCACAUUGUAUAGACCUCCAUUUAAAAAAGAAAAAAACAAAUCUGAUUUAUUAAAAACUAAAAAAUUUUAAAUGUACAAAGUUUUUGUAAGAAAAUACCUGAACGAUAUUUAUAGUGUUAUAUGUUUUUAUAGUAUGUUUAAUGAAAUCACAUUUCUAUGUGUCUAAACAAAGUUAUUUGAAAAUAAAUUACUUCACAUGAAUGUCAGCUCUGAGCAAAUCUCUGUUAAACCGGUUAUCCAAAGCUGAGGUAUAUCCUGAUCGGACUUUGAACUGGUUAGGCAUUAAUAGAAACUGCAUUUUGGCUGGAUAUUUCCUGUGAGCAUGUCUGUUUUGAGCUUGUGUCUCGUUUGUGUUUACAUAUUGUACAUACAAUAAAUGGACUCCUGAAGAAAAAUAAAAAUGCUCUGAUCAACUUGG